AUGGCAAGUUUAGUCGCCAAGGUCCCGGUUCUCAUUAACACGGCAAUUGCGCAGGGUCGCCCAAAAUUCAACAUCUUUAUGAAGUACGCUCGAGUUGAGCUGGCUCCCCCCAAGCUCAGUGAAAUUCCUCAAAUUAAAGCUGGCAUUGGUAAACUAUUGAGUAGUGCAAAGAGUGGUGCAUGGAAGGAUCAAACUGUAAAGCAGGCUACCCUGAACGCGCUUGUUGGCGCUGAAGUCCUAUUCUGGUUCUAUGUAGGAGAGUGCAUCGGCAAACGCCACAUUGUUGGAUAUAAUGUAUAA